GUUUUAGUGAAAAUAGGGACUAAAACUUAAAAAUAUAUUAAUAACACUUAAACCACAUGACAAGGCUAUAAAAAGUUUACGAAAUAUCUCAGACACAAUUGUGUUCCGUGUAAACUAAUGUUUGUUAUCAAAUCCAGAACUUAAAAAUCAAAAACUUAACGCUGCCUUUAUGCGGUGAAUUCAGGUGAUCCCGUUUCUACCUAUUGGAACAGCCACAAAACUAAAAGUAUAAUUCCCAAAAGAAAUUCAGACAGUAUGGUGGUAUGAAGCCUUAUUACGUAUAAAGAAUUAGAAAAGUCUGUGUGAUGAGAAGUACCCACAACACAACACACGAAAAAACACAUCAAUGAUUCACUAGUUCGGCAGCGUGCUUAUAAUUUGCUUAAAGAAUCCCAACUUAGCCUGAAUAUGCUGUAAGUGUUAUGGCUGUAAAAUACAUGCGUGGUUAACCUAUUUGUUAACUGUUUAUAAGCGUAUUUCUGGAGAAUAUUGACAGUAAAAAGGAUUGCUCAAAAAAAAAAAAAAAAAAAAAAUCCAGAAAGUGGGUUAGUUGAACUUGAAGCUAUCUGUCAAUUAAGGCUUCUGACUACGGCUGUAAUACAAAUGGGGGAAAAAAACAAGUAAUCGAGAUUUUGAGUCUUUGUAAGUUCUUUAUCUUGAGAAUUAGUUUGUUGAUAUCUAAAUAUAACUGAAUUAAUUUGAUGUGUUGUCAAAGUGACUAACCUUAAAUUGUCAGGCUGUUAACAUGUUAAAUUUAUAAUGUUUCAUUAAGUCAACAAAUUAGCAGACACAUCAAAUUACCGGGUAAACUUUUUUGCACUGACAAAAUCACGGUCAAAACCUCACAAGAAAGUUUUUAUAUGGCAGGCAGUCAAUUCGCGGACACUCUAAUUACCGCACAAUUUUUUUGCACGAAAUGAAAUUUUCCCAUAAAAUUUCUUUCUGAUUAGCGCAGGGUAAAAAACAAACAAACAAACGAGAAAACUUUAUUUUAAACACUUCUUUUUCAUAUCAUUAUAUAAUUUCAGUUUUUGCCCUAAAGCCUUCUUCACACCCACUCGAUUUCCUUCUGUUGUUCUCGGAGGUGUAUGUAACAGGAAUCACCAGUCCAAAUUCGAAGGUUUUGAUGGUGUUUCAGUGGUGGAAGUGGGUAGUUUCAUUUGUCUGUAAACCACCCAGCUAGUAUCUUGAACUCUUUUUAAUACAUCAAAGUAACCAGUCAUCAUUUUUGAGCCAAAAUUAGGCAAAAAAAGUUUCUAAGUAACGGACACUUCUGAUUAACGGACAAAACUCUCUGCAUCACUAAUUUGAGAGUUGACUGUAUUACCGUUUAGUAGGUUACUAUAGUUUUUUAAAGUAUGUUAUUACUUUCGUAAACAUUUUAUCACUUUGUUUUUUGUUUAUUCAUGUUCAAAUUUGAGAUUAAAAUAUAUCCAUUUCAGCGGGUAUUGUUGACGAAUUGCGCAACAAUCGAAUGUCUUCUAACCACCCAGAAUACUUGAUUCGGUUGUUUACACACUUAUUACUCGAUCGCCCAGAUGAAACACGCGUUUUAUUUUUUGCUGAUUUCAAUUUUCUACCUAUUUUCCAUUCCUAGCUUUGUAAACCCAAAUUAAAUUCUACAAACUCCUUUCCCGCGUUGUGGGUUUUACAGAAAAAAGAACUGAGCAGAGAAUCAAAAACUAAUAACACUGGAAAAGGCUGAAAUUUGACUAAACUUGUUUUUUAUUUGUUAAAGAAGAAAUAAACAAUAAACAUGGAGAAAUACUUUCAAGGAAAUUUUUUUUGCAGAAAUUUUUAUUUUGCGAAACUUUGUUUGAUUAAUGCCGCAAAAUUUGCAAAGAAAUAAAAAAAUGCUCAAAUUUAAAUAAGAACAGUUUCAGGAUAAGGCCGAAAUUUCUUGUUUCUUAUAUAAAAAAUGAAUAUCGUGUGAUGUAAACAGAGUCAUAUAUAUAAUAAAAAGACACGCUACUUGUUGACACACGAAUUAAUAAAAACAUGUUUAUUAAUAUUUAAACUUUUAUGACCCGAUGCAACUUGAGUAACGGACGCUGAUUCUAUUUUAUGAAGACUAAGCUGGAAAGUUUGGUUUUAGUCAGAGACUAAAGCUUGGACAGUCAAUAUGUCAGACUCCGAUACGAAAGAAGAAGUUUCUCUUAUGUGUGGCUGGGGCAGGUGUCAACCAAAAUGGCUACAAAGAUUUGCUACAGUUAAUUGGUUUCUGCUAUUUCUAUCUUUAUUUUCAAUUUUACAGGGAAUGUUAGUAAAUGGCUUAGUUAGUGCGUCCAUUCCACAUCUUGAACGGGAGUUUGGUCUAACAAGUACAAGCACAGGUUUUAUCAGCGCAUCAAAUGACGUUAGCGGCUUAUUGUGUGUAUUAAUUGUAAGUUACUAUGGCGACAGAGGUCACAAACCAAAAUGGUUGGGAUGCGGAGCCAUAUUAACAGGUAUAGGUGCAUUUUUUUUUGCUCUUCCUAAGUUUUUAAAGGGACAUUAUACAGCCGGAACAGUUUCUAUCCGAUUCCAAGAUUUCGAGACCUGCCAAUCUAACUUGACAAAUACAGACAUAAAUAUUAACUCCUGUGAAAAAGAAAAUGGUUCAAACAUAUACCUGGUCAUCUUCUGUGUAGCCGAGAUGAUUAUGGGAUUGGGUACCGCACCGUUAUAUACCCUCGGCGCUUCCUUUUUGGACGAAAAUGUUUCCCCGAAAAAUAGUCCGAUUUAUAUAGGAGUUUGGCAUAUAAUGACAUUUAUUGGACCAUCCAGUGGGUUUUUUGUGGGCGGAAUCGUGCUAAAUCAUUUUGUUGAUAUAGGAAAGACACCAAGUAAUUUGGACUCGAACCAUCCUCUCUGGGUUGGCCGAUGGUGGCUACCAUUUAUUUUAUUUUGUUGGGUACUAAUCAUUGUUGGCUUUGUCAUGUUGAUGUUUCCAAAGUCUAUGCCAGGCUCGGCUGAAAUACGACAAAAAGCAAUUUCAAACGGUGAUGUUCGAGAGAAAUCAAAAGAACACCAACCUGGUUUAAAAGGAUUUGUGAAAGCAACGGUAGAGUUAAUAAAAAACAGAACGUUAGUGUUAGUUUGUCUUGCUAUGGCAUCCCGAAUUUUAAUUGCAAGUGGAUUGGGUCCGUUUUUAACUAAAAUUACAAUCAUAAAAUUUGGAGCAGAGCAGUCACAAUCCAAUUUUAUCGUUGGCGCGCUUAUCAUAUGCGGGACUACAGUUGGACUGACAAUUGGGUCAGUGGUGAUGCGUCGUAUAAAAGUGAAUAGUUCGGUCAAAGUAGCAGCCAUGAUAUGUAGUGGAUUAUCGUUAUUGGGUGUCGUAACUGGUUUUAGUUUUAUGAUCCCUGGUUGUGAAAACAUAAAAUUAGUUGGGGUGAAUAUUUAUAACCCUACAAGUACUGGUUUCAACCUUGACAAUUCAUGCAAUCAUAACUGCGGCUGUUUAAAAGAAUAUUACGAACCAAUAUGUUAUGACGACUUGACAUAUUUUUCACCUUGUUUCGCUGGAUGUACAAAUAAAACAAAGAAUACUAUUUACCAGAACUGUUCAUGCAUAUCGCCGUUGAGAAAUUCAUCAACCGAGUCAGCGCUGAUUUCAAAAGGCAAAUGUAACUUGAAGUGCAAGAAUGUAGUUCUCUUUGUGUGCAUCCUCUUCCUGAUAUUAGUAUUUGCUUUUGCAAAUGGGACACCCAACAAUAUGAUGGUAUUAAGAAGUGUUCCAGAUAAUCGAAGAAGUUUUGCCAUGGGUUUACAGUUUCUUUUAUUACGUUCACUUGCGAUGUUACCAGGGCCAGUGUUGGUUGGGAAGAUUAUAGAUUCCACUUGUUUGGUGUGGAAAUAUGAUGAAUGCGGAAAGAAAUCUAACUGUGCGGAGUAUGAUGUGGACAGACUAUCAUUAUAUUUGUCUCUUGCACUCUCCACUGUUUCAGCUGUUUCCUUCGUCCUGUAUACCAUUGCAUGGAAAACGUACAAACAACCUAAAUCAACUAUCUACUCCAACAAUAACAAACUUGAUUUCUCCACCGACAACAGUGGGUAUUGUGACGAUACGAAACUGUAACAUCGCUGCGAACUACUUUUCACUGAGUUGCACCAAAUCUUAAUAAAAAGGACACCAUUGUUUGAUAAAAACUGUAAAAUAAUAAUUCCCGUUUGAUUAAAGAGUCGGUAAGUUCAAAAAGUACACGCUCCAUUGAAAAACAAAGCAAUAAAAAAUAAAAAUAUAAAUGAAUAUUUAAUGAAACUGAUUUAUGGUCCACAUUGCACGCACUUUUUUAUGUUGUUCACAGGUUGCUGUAUUUUAUAGCAUACAGCAUCUUAGAAAUA